UUGAGAUUGCCACGCGCGUCAGCGCUAUGACAGUCGAUGCCAUGGUGCUUUUGGCGAUGUGGCAGACUAUUGGUGGGUUCAGGAAACUUGCAGAAGGGCUUCGCGCCAACGUCUCCCUGACGAGGCGCCUCCUUCGGGAUGGUACCCUAUACUUUUUUGUACUCUUACUCAUGAACGCCAUCGUCCUCGCACUGUACAUCCUGCCUACGGACUUCGCGGGCAAAAACAUGGCGUCGCUCCCGGACAUCGCGACGAGCGUUAUUCUCUCCCGUUUGUUUCUCAACCUGCGCGAGGCCGUAAUCAGCUCGCCGACGUCUCAAAACACAUCCGAGUCCCCGAGUCAGCUGUCCGACCUGCAUUUCUCACGCGUCCUCGGGGCUCUCGGAAGCUCUGCCACGGACGGAUGCGGUGCAGAGGACUCGGGCGUCUUUGGGGAACCGGCCGAAGCAGAUGCCAACGAAGAUGAACUUGUCACUGAAGAUGACGCAGAGGCCAUGGAGUUGAGAGUGGUUCUUCCGUCGAGCAGCAAUGGCCCUCCGGGGGCCGUCGCGUCGUCGCAGAGCGGACGUGGGGCUUCCUCGGGCGAAAAUCAGCUAUUCGCGCUCCUAGAAAGAAUUGCCUAGACAGGAUAGUCGCGCAUCGGUUUGGACAGUGGCGAAGGCUGGUCUUCGCGCGUUAUUUAAGUAAGCUACGAUACUAGAUACCAUAUUCAGAUGUUCAGAGCACAUUUAUAGACGACACUAGUAAUACGACUGGCCUCGUAUUUCAGAGC